AUGCGCUUUCGAUUUUGGGAAGCCAGUUUUUCAGUCUAUCCUAAUACUGAUACUUUGACUAACGGAAGAUUAAUCUAUGAAUACAUCAUCAAUAAUUUGCUUCCGUUGUGGAGGAAGUGUUGUCAUUGUUCCAAGUGGCGUCAAAUUCCUAUACAGUCCAGUUAUGGCCUUGGUUUAAUAAAAAACGAAUUUGUUUGUUCCUCGAUUUCAAGAAGGGUAUCUUGUGACGACCUUGAAGAUCUGCGGGUCGCUGCGGUUCCCCAAAACUUCCUUCAGAAUAAAUUCAACCCACACUUUUCUGGACUCCUUCUUAAAAGUCCUCUCACUUUUCUAUGUUUUAAAUAUCCUCCACUGCUAUUGGGUAUUGCACCGCCAGAACUACUUAUUGAUGAGGAUUUUGAUCAGUCUUCUGAAUUUUUAAAAAGAUUUGUCGAAUUUCGGGUGCCAUUCUCAGAACCUCGGGAUGAACACUGUCUUCCCGGAGUAUGGAAUCCUAUAUCCUGUUUUCGAUGGGAGACAACGACAUAUCCUAACCUUAUGCAGUACGGGCGCUUAUACCAGGCUGUGAGAAAUACCAUAAUAUACCUGUGGAAUUCGAACAAAUUUGAUAUGAUUACCGCGGAGAAAGUGGCAACGUUUAUAUUCAUUCGCGGAUUGAUACGAAUUAUUAUUGUUGAUGAAUGGCUUCCCAAUCUUAUCUCACAUUUUACGGAUCGGUGUCUUAUUAACGUGGGCCGCUGUAUAGAACCAAAUCAGGCAGGCGAGGAAAUCGAUCACAGAUAUGUAAUCGUCGGACCUAUUGAUCUUAAAUCUACCGCUGUCUACCGCCAGAUAAUCAACAGUCUCGAAGUCCGAGGUAUGAAUGAGAGGAGUUCAGUACUAUACUCCACUCUCCCUAAGCUACCGCCAACUCCUGAAUUCAGUUCAUCCUCCUUCACUGAACAAUUAAUGGUUCCUAUAAGUAUCUUCGAUUUCCCAAUCUCUAAUCAUGUGGUCUCUCCAAUCAACAAUUACGCCAUGAUAUUUGCGAAACAGAUGAACCUACCUACUAAACCUCAAGAAUUGCCAGUUUUAUUCCAACGCGGGGCUGACGGCACAGUUCGAAUAUACCCAGACCAUCUGGAAAAAUCUCGGUCUCUUGUCGAUCGCCUCUUUUACAGCACAAUUAGAGCGUAUCAGCUGGAAGAAUCGCCUGAAUCCAACUCCAUUCAGGGCCUACUGGAUGCUCGCUUCGCUGCUUUGAUACUAGAACUCGAUACCCCAAUGGAAUUGCCUGUUGAUCUUCGUUUAAUUGAAUAUUGUUACGCCUGCAUAGAGGAACGUCUGACUGAACUCAUAUUAUCCAGUCAGGAUAAGGUCUGCCCGAAAACUCCUUUCCUGGAUGAUUUAUCACCUUUGGAUUUCAGCAGUUAUCUCCAAUCUAAAGGACCUAGUUUCUAUCGUUACGUCCUUAAAAUUCUCAGUAACCACUAUGCACCGCAGGAAUUUAUUGAACCCGGCGCUUUUUCGUCCAUCACAAGGGGACUCGGACCUAAUAUGGAGGUUGGGAAUACCGUGCAUUCUAUAAUUGCAACACCUGCACUUUUUACCCUAGUUAGUAAUGAUACUGAAUUGCACAAAACUGAAUCAGUGGUUGUAACUAUCCCUACUUCACGAAUAAAGCUUAUUUUCUGUGACAGUCCAACAGAAGAGGCACUCAAAAGUCACCAAGAGGAGCAGAAAUCGGAAAAAUUACAGAUAUUCUUGCCUCACAAUUUCCGGGUCUCCAUGCCAGCAAGGUAUGAGGUUGAAAAUCCGACUCCUGUUUGUUCUCCGUCCUCUAAUAUCCUGGUGUAUAUGUCUGUGACUUUAAUGUAUGAAGAACCUUGGUGGCGUCCAUUACUGUAUACAGCAGGAACAUGGGAGAAAAUGAAUAUAUGCUAUCAGUCAAUAGAUUUGGAUGAGGUUCCAUUUGAAUUUUCUGAGGCACCAAAGUUUUUUGCCUUCGUUCCAAAGAGCAGGAAGGAUAGAGGACUUUGUCACUACUUCAAAGAUAUUUCUCCGCCGGACUCAAGUUGCGGUAUAAUUCAGACCUGUAUUAUCGGCAGUAAUCUUCGCAACGACUGGGCGAACAAUGAUAUCGACUGCGCGAAUCUCGUCGACAAACAACUUAAGCACACGUUGGCUACAAAUGCUCGCAGGACAGGAAUCUUGUUGGAAUAUUACGUGAAACGUCUUUAUGCACCCACCUCUGUUAAUGAUGCUAACAGCACUCCUGAAGUGGAAAUCAGGUCAGCGAAUCAGGACCUCCUUGACAAGACUCGGGCUGUCGGUGUCAAUAUAGGCAGUUCUGAUGGUGUACAUCUUAUUGAUUCAGAGUUUGUAAUCAAGGAGGAAUGGUGGCGAAUGCUGUCUGAACAGGCCUCUAUUCAUUUGCUGCCGGAGCUGGCCACGAUGUGUGGUUUGACCAAGCCUAUCCAGAACGAGUUAUUUGCUCUGGAUGUUCUCUCUAGAGAAGUUCUCACAGGACUCAAAUGGUCCAAGUAUGUGUUGGGCAAACUAAUGUCCAAUGAAAAAUCCCAUGGAAACUUUCUGUCGACUGAUUCUGUGUGCGAGGAGUUGAUCACUUUUGAAGUAAACCAGGAGCCCGAAAAUAAAGCCUCUAAUGGUGCUGGGAUUGAAUCGCCUCAGAAACGUUCUCUUUCACCCUUAUUGGAGGUCGAGGUGGCAUCAAAAUGCUGGCGUGGCGACGAAGUUAGUACGAAAUAA